AAUUGAUGAUUCUCACUGACUCAAAGGGUAGCAGGUCCGGGAGAAAAUGUCUCACUCAUUUCUUUAUUUAUUUACACGCCUAUCUUUAAGCUCAGCCGGUCUGUGAAACUACCACAAGCGUCACUCGGGAUCGAUAGCGCGAAGCAGCGUGGAGCACCUGACCGUGUCCAUCUUACAGUUAGCGGCGGCGGCUGCACCUGUGACCACGAGUGGGUUAAUGCUGCCUGUCUGGCUGACAGCAGGACAGAGGCAGGAAAGGGAAGCUUAAAUGAGUGAAUGGCAGGGGGCAGAGGAGGAGGAAGAGGAGUGACAGAAUGAUAAAGUGAAUUAAUUCAACCUUAGCCAGCCCUGAUUGACUCAGCACCAAACUGGCAUGUACAAACAUUCACAGUGACACCAAAGGCAUGGAGAGAGAAAAGAGGAAUGAUAUGUCCUACUCUAGAAAGAGAAGUUUCACUUUUGGGGCAUAUGGCAGUGUGGAUAGAUUCACAUGUGGGGAUGAGACGGGACCUGAAUUCGUGCAGGACAAAAGUCUGGACACUUUGGAUUCUCCUACCAGUGAGCGCAAGCCUUUCCGUUCUUCCAGCAGCAACCAGAAGGAAUCAGAGCUGUUUGAAAUCAUUGAGAAGCUGCAGGGCAGCAGGAUCGAUGAGCAACGAUGUGAAUUCCCCCUUCCUCUCAAGUCUCCACUUUCUACAACUGGGAGAGAGCUGCCGCUUAUCCUUCCUUCGAAACUGGGAGGCUAUUGGAUAGACCCCCCUCUGGACAGACUGGUAGAUGUGAGUCCCACCUCUUCCCAUUAUGCCGUUGACCCAGAGAGCUAUGACAUCAUGGAGAGAGACGGUGAGGCCAAAAUCUAUCACGAGUUCUUCCGCUCACGAUACCAUCACUCUUUCACAGCAGUGGAUCCAACUUUGGGCUCACUGGUUCUCUCUGUGUGUUUGGAGGAAGAGGAGAAUAAGCUCAGGGUGAUUCUAAGGAUGAAGGAGUGUUCUCUGCAUGGAGUCUUCUCUGUGUCUCUUUUCCCCACCCUGCCAUCUGCAGUUGAAUUAGCAAAGAUGCUUUGUGACCGAGUGACUGCCUCAAAGUUUGACGUGGUCUGCUACCUGAAGGCUCCAGAACUUAUAACCACAUUUGAUGAACACAGAGUUUCUCCUAAUUUCAAGUUUGGUGUUUUGUGCCAAAAGGACAGGCAGCUCACUGAGGAAGACAUACUGGGUAACAAUGAGGAAAGUGAGGAGUUUAAAGAGUUCCUGUCUAUUCUGGGAGAGACGGUUCAGCUGCAAGGAUUCACGGGCUUUAGAGGAGGACUGGAUGUGUGUCAUGGUCAGACAGGAAGUGAAGCAGUCUACACUUCCUUUCGUGGGAGAGAAAUCAUGUUUCAUGUCGCAACUAAACUGCCUUACACAGAGGGUGACCCACAGCAGCUACAAAGAAAAAGGCACAUCGGUAAUGACAUCGUAGCUUUGGUCUGCCAGGAGGGCCAAACCCCCUUUCUGUCUGAUGUUAUCAAGUCUCACUUCCUUCACUGUUUUAUUGUCGUCCGGAGGAUUCAGAGGCAAGAGGAAACAGGUGGAGCAGCAUAUCAAGUGUCUGUCACGGCAAGAGAAGAUGUUCCUCCCUUUGGUCCAGUGCUUCCAGAUCCCCCUGUCUUUACAGAUCAUUCAAAGUUCAGAGAGUUUCUGCUGGCUAAACUCAUUAACGCUGAGAUAUCCUGCUAUAAGGCUGAGCAGUUCAGCAGACUGGAGCUCCGCACUCGUUCGUCACUCCUGGAGAACUUGCAGGCUGAACUCUUCACCCGUUCCCAGUGCAUGAUGGGGGAUCAAUCACUGAUUGCUGUCCCCACUUCAGAGGGCCUGCGGGGGCCAUCUGAAGGAAGUGGGGGAUUUAUUGAAAACUUUAAGAGAGCCAUCAGAGUGCGGAGCCAUUCUUUUGAGAAUCUGGGGGUCCCCAGGAAGAAUGCUAGCAGCACAUCGCAGAAGGCUAAGACAGAGAAAGAUGGAGAUAGUGACAAAUCUUCAGGACCUCUGCCUGCUCCCACUGACAGUUUGGGGGCAGCUGAACUCAAAGAUCAAACAAGUCCUCAAGAGGAGAUAUAAAAGCAAAAACGUACUUGUAGAUUUUAGACAUGAAUAUAGACAUUGCUGGCCUGUAUGGUUAGACUUUAAAAUCCUGGUGGAUGACCUGUAUGUAAAUAGACUGUAAAAGUAAAUAGUUCUGAAUGCAUAAAAUAUAAUUAUAUGACUGUUAUAGGAGUGAUAUUCUAGAUUCAUGAGAAUCGUUAAAUUUAAAUGUUUUGACUUAAAACAGAUGACAAGAGUUUAAAUGAUAAGACAAUAUCAGGUUUAUGCCAGAGACUGAAUUUGCAGGAAGGCAACACGAUAUAAUGAAUUAAAUUAAAACUGAACAUAAAAUGUAGAAAAUAAAUGGUUUGUUUUAAAGACCAAUAAAAUGUAAUUUGAAAAAUCAGUUACUAUUGUCAGGUGUUGGCUGUGUGCAGGUCUGGAGGACCCACAGUGCAGACUCCGGAGACAAAACGUGAACUCAAAAACAGCUUUAUUGCUCAACAGCAAAACCAUACAAAACCUAAACUGGGAAAAAUCCUUGGUUAUUUUUGAUGUCUUAAAUAUACAAAUCAACCAACAUAAAGCACAAAUACAGCAUCUGGAUAGAACCAACCUUUUAAAUAUUGUAAAAAAUUGAUAAAUUGAUAAACUGAUAAAUUGACCGCUCACACCAAAUCGUCACUUGAGUGUGGUGGUUGUGGAUAAAAGCAACACAUGCACACAAAAAAAAAAACUGUUUCUAAACUGAUUUUAACAAAGUGUGGCAAGAACACUGGAAUAACAAUGAAAUGAAGCAACAAAAUAAAGGGACGUGCUGUUCUGUCCUGGAGUGAUGAUGCAGGUAAGGAGGCAGAAGGAGGUGAACUGUUACUGCAUAAUAUAUAAGAUUGUUUGAUUCGAAUAAGAUAUGCAAGAGUCCGUCAAAUAAAACUGCACUAAAUAGGUCAUCACUUAGUGUAUGCACGCGCUGUACUCAGCCAGAAAGAAGAAUAUGUGAUGAGAAGCAAGAUUAGCAGUACAGGAAGUAUUCAGAUCUCUUACAUAUGCAGAAAAUACUCAUUUUUAUGCAUAAGUUAAAAAAAUAAGUAUUUCAGCUAUAGUGCACUAUAUGGCAUAACUAUUACAUGCUUAUGCUUUAAUUCAGUGAUGUCAAACUCAUUUUAUAUUCUGGGCCACAUACAGCCCACUUUGAUCUUGAGUGAGCUGGACCUGUGAAAUUCCCCUUGCUGUCAGUGUAAAGAAGUUUAACUAUAUAUUCAAUCCAUUAUAAAUCAGCAUAUAAGUAAAAAGUGCGUUUUCAACACUAAACCUCACUUCUUCUAAAUAGUAAAGAAAUGCUGCUGCAGUAAAUGAACUGUCAUCGUGACUUUUCUGGCUUAAACUGCCAG